UGGCAGUGGAGGCACAUAGAAUCCAGUUCCAAGCAGAUAUCCUGGGAUAUAAGGACCGUGUGGAAGGGGAUUACAAUUUGAAAAAUUGUUCUUGUUUCGAAAGUGUUAUUCCUGUGUAAUUGUGCAGCAGCACUUGCUUUGAAAGUGGUGGUUGGAGUUGAGGUUGGACUCCAACUCCCAGCAUUCCUCGCAGCCUCCGGCCCUUUCCUUUUCCCCCUCAGACGCUUAAGCGGAAGGGGCCUGAGGCUGUCAGGAAUGGUGGGAGUUGGAGUCCGGCCAAGUGCUUUGAGGAGAGAAUGUGCCGUUUGAGGGUCUUUGGGGGGCAGAAGAGGGAAGGGCUUCCGUCAGGACAGGGUUUUAAGCUUGGGUCUCGUGGGAAAGUGACGGGAGUUUGGAAAAUAGUUGUCCACAGAUGCGAGAGUCAGAGGGUGAGAAACAGUACGAUUUAAGUAUGUGUUGCUUCUUGUUAGGACACAGCGGAGGGAUCCUGUGUUACAUCAAGUGGGAGCAGUGAGUCGGGGUGAGAAACCGUAUGCGUUACAUCAAGUGGGAGCAAGCGGGGCCUUGUGGUUGUCCAGGGCGGAUUCUGCAGGGCGGCAGGGUCAGCCUGGGCACGACAAGGGGUGCAAAUGGCUGGGCCGUGUGGCUUGUUAUCUGUGGUCCCUGGUUGGAUGGAAGCGGGGGUCCCUUUGGAGUCUCGCUCGGCCACCGCUGUUUGGCUUUGCUUCCUUUUGGGAGGGAACUUGGGGAAAUCCUCAAGGGCUGGUCCCCAUUCGCCUUGUCCUGGAGCCUGGAGCACAAAUCGGCUCACGAGGCCCACAAAUCCUUUUAAGGCCGGGGCUGCAGGAGAGACGGAGGCGCCGGCUGCUGCUUGCAGGCCUUUUGCCCUUUUUGGGAACGCUCUGCCUGCAGCUGUCCGUCCGUCCGGCCAGGAAUAGCUGGGAAGAAGCCCGUUCCUUCCGUCCGUCCGUCCGUCCUUCCUUGUGUCGCCAUGCUGCUCCUGACGCAGCUGGACGGGGAGAGCCUGCUGCACCUCUUCUCCUUCCUGGACCCGGAGAGCCGGUGGCGCCUGGGCCUGACCUGCCGGCGCCUGCGCGGGGUCUUCCUGGAGCCCUCCCUGUGGCCCCUCCUGCGCUUCCGCUCCCCGGCCGAGCUGCUCCGGGGCCACUUCCUCCUGGGGCCCGCCCUGCGCCGCCUCUCCGUCUGCUGGCACUCGGCCCGCGUCAGCAGGGUCUGCAACGUGGAGGAGUGGGCCCAGAGCCCCCUGCAGAGGGACAUCUGCGCAAAGCACCGCCACGCCGUCAGCCGCCUCCUGCGCCGCGCCUCCCAGCGGUGCCCCAACCUGCAGUGCUUGACCCUUUCCGGCUGCGGCCACGUCACGGAUGGCGACGUGGCGCUGGUCCUGCAGGGCUGCCCGGGCCUCCAGAGCCUGCGGCUGGAGAACUGUGUCCGCAUCACCGACUGGACGCUGGAGGCGGCCCUGGGCGCCCCGGCCCUGCGCUGGCUGCAGGUGGACUUCUGCCGCAACGUGACGCAGGCCGGGCUGCAGCGCCUGCGCCGGGAGCGCCCCUCCCUCGCGCUGCAGGCCGAGCGCAGCGCAGACAUGAUCCCGGACGAGGCGCCGCCGUGCCGGGUCUCGGGAAGAACGUUCCGGAAGCUGCCGUGGCACUGAGACGUCGCCCGGAGUGGAAUCCGCUUCCGUCAAGGCUUCCCUCCGGCCGACUUGGAUUCCGCCUUCUGUCUUCUUCUGGAUGCCGUGCGGACCGAGUGGGAAACGUCUCCCUUCUCCAAAGUUCACCCCCGAUUGUCUCAAAAAUGUGAGUUCUCAAGCGUGGUUUCUGUGAACCAACCUCACACGGGCGGAUCAUCCCCCUCCAUUUAAGACACAUAGGACUUUGGGAUGUUUUUUUCUCGAAACAGUGGAUCAUCUCCAGGAUUGAAAAGGCACCACAGGAAGUGUCACAUCUGUCUGACUCUCAAGUGGUUUCGGAUGUGCUUAUAACUCCAAAUUAGAAGGUCCCCGCUGUGGAUUUCUUCUUCCCUCCCUUCCUCCCCGUCUUCUUUUUUCUUUCUUUUUCCUCCCUCCCUUUCUUUCCUUUUCUACCUCCUUCCCUUCUUCCCUCUCCCUUUCUUUCUUCCCUUUCUUUUCUCCUUCCUUCUUUUCCGUCUCCCUUCUUUUUUCUUUCCCUUCCUUCCCUUCCCUCUUUUUCUUUCCUUUUCUCCCUUUUUCUCCUAGCGUCCCUCGUUUUCCUGUCUUCCUCUUUCCUUCCCUCUUUCCUACCUUUCUUUCCUUUUCUCCCUUCCUUCUCUCCCUUUUUCUUUCCUUUUCUUUUUCUCCUUCUGUCCCUCUUUUUCCUUUCUCCCCCCUUUCUUUCUUUCCUUCCCUCCUUUCCUUCUUCCCUUUUUCUUUCCUUUUCUCCCUUCCUUCCCUUUUUCUUUCUCCUUUUUUCCUUCUGUCCCUCUUUUUCCUUUCUUCUUUUCUCCUUCUGUCCCUUUUUCCUUUCUCCCUUUCUUUCCUUUUCUACCUCCUUCCCUCUCCCUCUCGUUUUCUUUCUUUCUUCCCUCUUUUCUCCUUCCUUCUUUUUCCUGUCUCCUUUUUUUUCCUUCCUUCCUUUCCUUCUUUCCUAUUUUUCUUUCCUUUUCUCCCUUUUUCUCCUAGCGUCACUCUCUUCCUCUUUCCUUCCCUCUUUCCAACCUUUCUUUCCUUUUCUCCCUUCCCUUCUUCCUUCUCUCCCUUUUUCUUUCCUUUUCUUUUUCUCUUUCUGUCCCUUUUUCCUUUCUCCCUCCCUUUCUUUCUUUCCUUCCCUCCUUUCCUUCUUCCCUCUUUUUCUUUCCUUUUCUCCCUUCCUUCCCUUUUUCUUUCUCCUUUUCUCCUUUUGUCCCUGUUUUUCCUUUCUUUCCUUUUCUACCUCCUUCCCUCUCCCUCUCGUUUUCUUUCUUUCUUCCCUUUCUUUUCUCCUUCCUUCUUCCCCUUCCCUCCUUUCCUUCUUUCUCUUUUUCUUUCCUUUUCUCCCUUUUUCUCCUAGCGUCACUCUCUUCCUCUUUCCUUCCCUCUUUCCAACCUUUCUUUCCUUUUCUCCCUCCCUUCCCUUCUUCCUUCUCUCCCUUUUUCUUUUCUUUUCUCCUCCUGUCCCUCUUUUUCCUUUCUCCUUCCCUCCCUUUCUUUCUCCCUCCUUUUCUGAUAUCAGUGCAAUUCUCCACGAAUUCUCUAUCCAACGACCCAGGAAGGAAACGGAAGGAGUGAAACGGCUCUGGUUCGGAUCUUGAGUUUGCUCUUUAUUUCUCUCUGCAUAAAAGACGCCCUCCCUGCUGCCGUGCAGGCAUUUCAAAUUAAAAUAAAUAUAUGAAUAUUCAUGUAAAA